AUGGUCCAUAACAAUUCAAAGCUGCAUCGAAGUGUUCGCAUUCAAUGUCGAGUUUGUUACGGGUUAUUUACCGCCCAACUGUAUGAAAAGCAUUUGGCAUCACAUCGUUCUACCUCUCAUUUAAUAUGUGAUUGCAAAAGAUGCCCUUAUAGGGGUCGGUCCCUGGAAUCUUUGAAAAUUCAUAUGCAUAGACAUACAGGACAGAAGCCAUUUGAGUGUGAGAAAUGUAAUUCAAGAUUUUUGACUAGAAGUAAUUUAAAUAGACAUUUUCUUACUCAUAGCAAACAAAAAUCAUUUAAAUGUAUUGCAUGUGCUAGAUGCUUUUAUACAAAACAUGAUAUGAACAUUCAUUUUGUCUCUGAACACAGUGGUAUUAAGGAAUUUGAAUGCAAACUUUGUGGUAAUAAGUAUGGUUCAAGAAAAGCUCUAAUGCGCCAUGAACUGCGAGUUCACAAAAGACAAAAACUGGCUAAAGGUAGAAUGCCACUAUAUUUACAAGCUGAAUAUAAAGUGCCU